AUGGCCGGGCUUGGCGUCUUGAUCCUGGUUGCGUUGCUCGGCGCCGUGGCUGCGGCGGCAGGGGCUUCGUCCUAUGGCAAUCCUCCAACUCCAAGCCCAUCCCCGCCCGCCCCGGCUCCUCGUCCGCGCCUCAAGUUCGGCUUCUACAAGAACUCGUGCCCUCCCGCCGAGGUCAUCGUCCGGGACGCCGUCAGGGACGCCACCAUGCUCAACCCCGGCCUCGGCGCCGGCCUCAUCCGCAUGGCCUUCCACGACUGCUUCGUCCAGGGCUGCGACGCCUCCGUGCUGCUGGACCCGACGCCGGCCAACCCGCGCCCGGAGAAGCUCGGCCCGCCCAACUUCCCCAGCCUGCGCGGCUUCGAGGUCAUCGACGCUGCCAAGGCCGCGCUCGAGAGGUACUGCCCCGACGUCGUCUCCUGCGCCGACGUCGUCCAGUUCGCCGCCCGCGACGCCGCCUUCUUCCUCAGCGGCUACAGGGUCGACUACAGGCUCCCCGCGGGGCGCUUCGACGGCCGCGUGUCUUUGGAGAACGAGACGCUCGCCUUCCUGCCCCCGCCGUCCUUCAACCUCACGGAGCUCGUCGACAGCUUCAGGGUCAAGGGCCUCGACGUCGACGACCUCGUCGUGCUCUCCGGCUCCCACACCAUUGGCCGCUCCCACUGCUCGUCCUUCUCCGACCGCAUCUCCACGCCGCCGUCCGACAUGGAACCGGGCCUCGCCACCACCCUCAAGGGGCAGUGCCCGGCCAACCCCAACUUCACCAACGACCCCACGGUGGUGCAGGACAUCGUCACCCCCGACAAGCUCGACAACCAGUACUACAAGAACCUUCUCAACCACAAGGUGCUCUUCAACUCCGACGCGGCGCUGCUGGCGUCGACGCAGACGGCGAGGAAGGUGGUGGAGAACGCGUUCGUGCGCGGGAGGUGGGAGAAGAAGUUCGCCAAGGCCAUGGUCAAUAUGGCCGCCAUCGAGAUCAAGACUGCCGACAACGGCGAGAUCAGGAAGAACUGCCGCAUGGUCAACUAAGGUGCAACCAACAUUCCACGACUCCGAGAAGUCGCCACCUGCAGUUUUUUUUUCUUUCUUUCGAUUAACCCGUUCAUGUUGCAACUAGCAUCUUAUUGGCCGGCCUGUUGCGAUUAUUUCUUCAGAAGCAUGCACAUGCACGUGGCUUGAUUCUUUCGUUGCAGUUUCAGAUGAUGAGGUUGUUGGAUUUUUGUGCUGAAUUAUACUUC